AAGCCUUCACACCUCCACUCCAGUUUAGUUGUACAUCACCUCCUUUCUCCUCCGAACCUGCGAACACCUCGCAUCAUCUCUGUAAUCUAAGUUCUUGCUUCAUCAAGUUCCUACAAUUGUUGUAGCCAGCAGGCAACACACACCUACCACUGCGGCAUUUUCCCCGCGCCUCUUGUGAUUCUGGCGACUCGACCGAGGCGAAACCGCCAUGGAGUCAGGACAGCAUCUCAUCAUCCAUUUCAGGUCAUUCAUUGUUUGGCUGCGUCUUGCUGCUGGCUCUUUCACUGAAUUGCAAUGUUUGUAACGGAGGUCAACACGCUUCGCCGGCUGAGCAUGGAGUUGGAGAGGAGCAAGCAUAUCCCCGUCCUCCUGGGCGGCCAGUUCAGGCUGGGUACAUGGACCCAAGCGCACCCAUCCAAGAGCGUGUCACUGACCUGCUGUCCAAGAUGACGACCGAGGAGAAAAUUGCCCAACUGGCCGCUAUCUACCUGAUGGGUGACAUUGGUGAAGAGUACUCCAAAACAGGACUUGGCUGGACGGUGUUUCCUGGCUCAGCACAGAAGCGCAAUGACAUGCAGAGCAAGAUCAUGCAAAGCUCAAGGUUGCACUUGCCCCUUGCCUUCACCGAGGAGUCACUUCACAGUUCUGUUGAAGGCGGCACGGUAUUCCCCACACCUGUACUGCAAGGUUGCACCUGGAACACUUCACUGGUCACCAUGAUAGCCUCUAGCAUAGCACUGGAGGCAAGCAGUGUGGGUGUGGACAUAGGGCUCACACCAGUACUGAACAUGUUCACUGAUCCCAGAUUUGGUCGACACUCUGAAGGCUUCUCUGAGAACCCAACCUUGUCGGCAGCAUACGCCAAGGCCGCGGUUGCAGGAUACCAAGGUGACAACGGCACGGGACCUUUGUCAUACUUGGAUCAUAGCAAACAUUUCGUGUCACUGGCCAAGCACUAUGCUGCGUAUGGAAACGCGGCCGGCGGGCAAAACGCCGGGCCGUCUCAUUUCGACAUGCAAACACUGUUUGAUAUCUAUCUCAAGCCAUGGCAAGCAUUUGCCAUGCAUGGUGGCAGAGGAGCGAUGGCCAGCCAUCAAACUGUGAAUCAUUUACCAUGCCAUGGCAACCCGUAUUUGGUCAAUUCCAUCUUAAGAGAAACAUUUGGGUUCGGUAAUGGCAGUAUUACGAGUGAUUGCAACGACAUAUCCGUCCUUGCACAGUACCGAAUUGCAGCCAAUGCUACGCAAGCGGCCGCAAAGGGUCUCCAAGGUGGCGUUGACAUAGACUCGAUGUGUGGCCAUGAUCCAUCACUGCAUAGCUACAAUAGACUGGGGGAUGCCCUCAGUGAUGGGCUCAUCACGGUAUCCGAUAUCGACACUGCUGCAGGACAUAUUCUCGCAGGGAAAUUUGCUCUGCGGUUGUUUGAUGAACCACUGGUCAAUGACACAGCUCCCUCUGUUCUCAACACGCCGGAACACCAGAUGCUGGCGUACGAGGCAGCACUCCAGGGCAUGACCAUUGCCAAAUAUCCCACUGGACAAUGGCCGCCGAUUGCAUCAACCGGUGAUGCGUACAUUGCCGUUUUGGGGCCCAAUGGCGGGUGCCCGGAUGAAGAGAGCUCAUUUGAGAUAGGUGAACUGGCUGGCGUCAACUUAGAGCAUGGAGCAGAGUAUGCACAGUCUGUAUCCUCUCCAUCACGCUCAUCUUCAGCUGCCUCGCACUGCGAUGCCCAAACCAACAUGGCCGGCCCCAACAGCCAGUACGGCGACGUCGACAUUAAGACAGUGGCCACGUAUCUGAAGGAGAAAGUCAACGGCUCGACGGGGCGUGUGGCCUACUCUAGAGGCUGCGAGAUUGGCAACUCGAGCACGGCGGACUUGGAGAAGGCACUUCAAUUGGCUGCAAACGCUACUCACGUUGUGGUGGUGGUCGGAGAUUCUCUAAUGUCCUAUGGCGAAUGGCAUGAUCGUGACUCGCUGGACCUUCCUGGUGGCCAGCUGAAACUCAUCGAACAAGUGAAGAAUGUAACCAAGGCAAAAAUCAUUCUUGUCGUGACGAGCGGGGGACCGGUGACGUUCGGUGACAAGAAUGCAGUACUGGACAUGGCUGACUACGUGUUGAUUGCGUGGAGGUCGGGGCAGAUGGGUGGUGUUGCAAUUGGUGACGCUAUUCUUGGCCACGCUGAACCAACGGGACGAUUGGCACAGGGAUGGCCAAGGAAUGUGGGACAGGUGAAUGGGGCAUCAAGUCCUUGGCUACAGCAGAUUCGUGGUAAAUGGGUAGCCAAUGCACGCGGACAAACGGUAGACCCAGACGGACGACGCUAUGACGACUACAAGGGAAGUCUGUCCACUCCUCUCUUCCCGUUUGGCUAUGGCUUGUCAUUGUCUGAGUUCAAGUUUGACGCACUCAAGGCCACCAAGACAGGAGAUGAGAAAGCUCCACUAAUGGUUGCCGUUGACAUCACGAAUACCGGCGACCGCGACGCUACACAGGUAGUUCAGUUUUACGUUCAAGAUCCAGUGUUGCCAUGGGUACCGUACUGGAAGCGUUUGAUUGCGUUCGACAAAGUCUUCCUCAAGAAAGGCGAGAAGCGGACAGUUAGUCGUGCAGUGGACUGGCUGGACUUGUCUCUACACGACACACACUUAGAGCAGAGAAUCAUGCCUGGCGUGUACACUGUCAGGGUGGGAGACUGUAGCAAUACUGAUGUUCUCACUACCACCAUCACAUUUUAAUACUACACACAUGCCUGGGUCACUGAAAAAAUGCGAUGAAUUACACAGUAACGUGCUGCUGCAGUGCAAGUAA